AAGGCGCUGCAGCAGAUGCAGAGGCAAUAAAAAGUUGGGUGGGAUGGAAUGUUAUUAGAAGACUACAGCAGUGAAGCAUCAUCAUCAUCAUCGUCACCAUCAUCUUCAUCAUCAACAGCAGCAUUAGGAGCAGCAAAGGGAUGGAGCCACAACAGAUCAGAGAGGGAUACUUGGUGAAGAAGCGUUCAGUGUUAAACUACUGGACAGCAGUGUGGGUGGUCCUGUCCGAUGAUGGCCUGGAAUUCUACAAGAAGAAAACGGAUCAGUCCCCCAAAGGAAUGAUCCCUCUGAACGGUGCCACGCUUGUCAAUCCUUGCCAGGAUUGUGGCAAUAGAGUGCUGGUGUUCAAGAUCACCACACUCAAGAAGCAGGACCACUUCUUCCAAGCCUCGCAUGUGGAGGAGAGAGAAUUGUGGGUGAAAGACAUCAAGAGGGCCAUCACGUGUCUGCAAGGGGGGAAGAAGUUCGCUAGGAAGUCCACAAGACGCUCCAUUCGCCUGCCGGACACGGUUAACCUUGCUCAGCUGUACACUCUACUGAGAGACCAAGACGAAGGGGUCAAAGAGUUAAAACUGGAGCGGGAGAACCGCAUCUUUAACCACUGCUUCACAGGUUCCACUGUGGUAGACUGGCUCAUCUCCAAGGAGAAGGCUCGGAACAGGCCCGAGGCGCUGAUGUUGUCCACAGGCCUUCUGAACGAGGGCUUCCUGCAGCCUGCCGGUGAUCUCUCCAAAGAGGGGGCAGAGAGCGGCGAAAACUCAGUUUUCUUGGACCAGACCGAUGCUUUUUACUACUUUGCAGACAGCGGAUUCUUCUGCGAAGGUUACUCCAGUGACGAGGACUCUCUUCUCAAGGAGGAGUUCAGAGGGAAAAUCGUCAAACAAGGCUGCUUGCUCAAACAGGGCCACAGGAGGAAAAACUGGAAAGUCCGCAAGUUCAUUCUGAGGAACGACCCUCCUUAUAUGCACUAUUACGACCCCACCAAGGGUGAAGACCCCCUGGGCUCCGUCUAUUUGCGGGGGUCCGUGGUGACAGCUCUGGAGUUUGUGCCGGACGCCAAAAAAUAUGACAUCGAAGGAAACCUCUUCGAGAUCAUCACCUCGGAGGAAACGCAUUACUACCUCCAGGCGGCCACGGGCGAGGAGAGGAAGGGGUGGAUCGAAGCGGUGCAGGAAGUGUCUAAAAGUGGGAAGUGAAUUGUUUCAGGAAGUGAUGUUGUAUCAAUGUUGUUCUCUAACUUAUUAGACCAGGGGUGUCAAACUCAUUUUAGCAUGGAGAAAAAGCUAUUCCUCUGUGGGCCAGACGGGUAAAAUCAUGGCUUGUUAACUUAAAAAUAUAACUAUGACAACUUCAGAUUAAAUUUUUUUUGUUUUACUUCGGCCCAAAAUACCACACCAGUGAAGUUGGCACGUUGUGUAAUUCGUAAAUAACAACAAAAUACAAUGAUUUGCAAAUUAUUUUCAACUUAUAUUGAAUUGAAUAGACUGCGAAGUCAACAUAUUUAAUGUUCCAACUGAGAAACUUAUUUUUUUUUGGCGAACACGUUGCAAAAAAGUUGGCAUGUGGGCAUUAAACAUGCUUCACUGAUGAGAGUAUUAGGCGAGCGCCAUUUUGUCCUACUAAUUCCGUCAGUCCUUGAACUCACCGUAGUUUCUUUACAUGCCCAACUUUCUCAGACGCUGCCACAGAAAGUUGUGUUUCAUGCCACUCCUUCUCUGUCUCAUUUUGUCCACUAAACGUUUUAUACUGUGCGUGAAUGCACAAAGGUGAGCUUUGUUGAUUUGAUUGACUUGUUAGAGUACUAAUCAUGCACAUUUGGUCAAUGCAUGACGGCUAAUCGAUGCUAACAUGCUAUUUAGGCUAGCUGUAUGUACAAACCCCGUUUCCAUUUGAGUUGGGAAAUUGUGUUAGAUGUAAAUAUAAACGGAAUACAAUGAUUUGCAAAUCAUUUUCAACCCAAAUUCAGUUGAAUAUGCUACAAAGACAACAUAUUUGAUGUUCAAACUGAUAAACAUUUUUUUUUUUUGCAAAUAAUCAUUAACUUUAGAAUUUGAUGCCAGCAACACGUGACAAAGAAGUUGGGAAAGGGCAUGUUCACCACUGUGUUACAUGGCCUUUCCUUUUAACAACACUCAGUAAACGCUUGGGAACUGAGGAGAACCAUUUUUGAAGCUUUUCAGGUGGAAUUCUUUCCCAUUCUUGCUUGAUGUACAGCUUAAGUUGUUCAACAGUCCGGGGGUCUCCCUUGUGCUAUUUUACGACUCAUAUUGCACCACACAUUUUCAAUGGGAGACAGGUCUGGACUACAGGCAGGCCAGUCUAGUACCCACACUCUUUUACUAUGAAACCAAGUUGAUGUAACACGUGGCUUGGCAUUGUCUUGCUGAAAUAAGCAGGGGCGUCCAUGGUAACGUUGCUUGGAUGGCAACAUAUGUUGCUCCAAAACCUGUAUGUACCUUUCAGUAUUAAUGGUGCCUUCACAGAUGUGUAAGUUACCCAUGUCUUGGGCACUAAUACACCCCCAUACCAUCACAGAUGCAGGCUUUUCAACUUUGCGCCUAUAACAGUCCGGUUCUUUUCCUCUUUGGAAAACGUCCACAGUUUCCAAAAACAAUUUGAAAUGUGAACUCGUCAGACCACAGAAAACUUUUCCACUUUGCAUCAGUCCAUCUUAGAUGAGCUCGGGCCCAGCGCAGCCAGCGGAGUUUCUGGGUGUUGUUGAUAAAUGGCUUUCGCCUUGCGUAGGAUAGUUUUAACUUGCACUUACAGAUGUAGCGACCAACUGUAGUUACUGACAGUGGUUUUCUGGAGUGUUCCCGAGCCUACGUGGUGAUAUCAUUUACACACUGAUGUUGCAUUCAAUGUUGGUUUUUGGUGAUUUCUCCAGAUUCUCUGAAUCUUUUGAUGAUAUUACGGACCGUAGAUGGUGAAAUCCCUAAAUUUCUUGCAAUAGCUGGUUGAGAAAUGUUGUUCUUAAACUGUUGGACAAUUUGCUCAGGCAUUUGUUGACAAAGUGGUGACCCUCGCCCCAUCCUUGUUUGUGAAUGACUGAGCAUUUCAUGGAAGCUGCUUUUAUACCCAAUCAUGGCACCCACCUGUUCACAAUUAGCCUGUUCACCUGUGGGAUGUUCCAAAUAAGUGUUUGAUGAGCAUUCCUCAACUUUCUCAGUCUUUUUUUGCCACUUGUGCCAGCUUUUUUGAAACAUGUUACAGUCAUCAAAUUCUAAAUGAGUUAAGUAUCUUGUCUUUGGAGUUUAUUCAAUUGAAUAUAAGUUGAAAAGGAUUUACAAUUAAUUGUAUUCCGUUUUUAUUUACGAUUUACACAACGUGCCAACUUCACUGGUUUUGAGUUUCGUACAUACAACUCGAGACAUGCCACUAGGGGCGUUGCCCCGUUUGUUUUAUGUUGGGUCGAGGAGUAGGAGUCGCAGCCCCGCUUCACCAUGUACGUCUUGUUUGGUAAACUAUUUGCUUGCCUAACAGAAUUGCUUUUGCGACAUCUAGUGGACACAUUUAAAACUGCAGUUUCUUUCAUUUUAAAAUGCAGUUCAAUUUCACGCUUAAUCUCAUCUCACAUGCCGGAUUGAACCUGCUCUGGCCCGCGGGCCGCAUGUUUGGCAUCCCUGUAUUAGACAGUAUUUAAUGGCUUACUGCAGGGUUUGUGUUUCCUCCAACUCUGACUUCUGCUCUCACAAAAUAAAGAUAGCGAGUGGUAUCACUUCCUCUUGCACUUUCUUAGCACGUUAUCGCUUGCAGGCCAGCUGCCUAAACUCUUUAUUUUAGUGACGAAAUAUACAGCAUUUAAUGUGUACAUAAAUAAAAUUAGGGCUGUCAAAUGAAUGUAUGUGAUUAAUCACAAAAAUGAAAAGUGUGAUUAAUCCGAUCAUAAAUGUUUUCAUCAUCUGACAGCACUAAAUAGAAGUAGGGCUGUCAAACCCGACGAGUUAACUUGUGUGAUUAAUCAUAAAACAUGUAAAGUACGAUUGAAGCUGAUUUUUGAAAAUAUUCAUUUGACAGGACUUAAUGUAAUACAAUGUAAAAUGAUAUAAUAUAAUUAGGGCUUUUCAA